AAAUCACCAGUCACUCAGCUCUCACAGCACCAGCAACAUCAACAGCUUUUGCUUUCUACGAUCCCAGGAAUACUCCAAGAAUCUCAUUAUGAACUUCUAUAAGAUCUUCAUCUUUGUUGCCCUUAUUUUGGCCAUCAGCGUGGGCCAAUCGGAAGCCGGCUGGCUGAAGAAACUGGGCAAGAGACUUGAACGCGUUGGCCAGCACACCAGAGAUGCCACCAUUCAAGUUGUGGGAAUUGCUCAACAGGCCGCCAAUGUGGCAGCGACAGCCCGAGGAUGAAGAUUUAACUUCGUGGAACCUUCUAGAGUAGCAAUCUAUUUAUAAACAUACUUAUUAGCGAGAG